AUGGCGACUGGGGAAACGAGUUGUGGCAGCAGUUACUGUGACAGUCAAGAAAAAACGACAAUGGUUAGGAAGAAUGAUCCGUGGACACCGUUGCCACCCAGUUCGAGUACUUUACCAAUGCCAAAGAACCCUCUAUAUGACAUUAUUAGCUCGGAAGAAUACCUAGAAUCCCUAAACAAACGUUUACACCAAAUCCGUCAGCAAGGGACAAAGGAGCCUUCAGCCAAAGAUAUCCUUAAUGGACUGGCUGUAAAGAAAGCAGAUAUCAUGAAGCAGUUCCUUGAAGAAAAUUCCUCACACUUGAAUGAAGAUGACCUAAAUUCUCUGGAUGCAGAAAACUUCCAGACUUUUCUACAGAGAAAAAUCUUCCCAGAGCGUCAGGCCAUAUCUGCUGAAGAAUUGGUUACCUUAAUACAGGCUGAUGAGUUGGCCAAAUUAGUAGAGUCACAGGAUUUGGACACAAAUGUAGAGGCUGGAAGUAGAGAAGUCCAAGACUAA